AAAAAUAAUGCUUCGGGCUUAGCGGCACGGCCCUGGCUGAAGAUGGUGGUUGGUACCCGGAUACAUGCGAGGUUCUUACGAUGCGCGUUACUGUGCACAGUGUUCGCCAUCUACAGUAUCUACAGUCUUCGGUAUGGGGAGGAUUCUAGAGCUUUCGUCGGUGGCAGUUCAACAGCAUCUAGCACCGGCAGCCUUGUGGUCAUGCACGCUUACAAACCAAUUUUGCGACGUGACCCCAUCUUGAACAAGGAACUUCAAACGUGGAUGAGGCAGCAGCUUCGCUUAGUGAAACGUCAAGAGGCUGGAGGCUUUUCCAAUACCGUGGACCGGAAGAAACUCUACUUGCAAAAGUUGGGCCUCGACAAAAAGGCCGAAGAACUGGACCAGAAGCAGUUCCGACCACCGUGGCAUUUGAAACACGUCGUGGCGGGCGACAAAUUCGUGGGGACUUUCCAGCAUCCCGAUUUGUAUCGUGGAGAGGUUUUGGACCUGACCUUUGAAGCCUCCAGUGAUACUGAAGCCAACAUCUUUUCAAAAAGAGGUGACCUGGACGAUACAGUGACCCUGCAACAGGAUUACCCAAUCGCCUUUGAGUCAGGGGAGCAAAAGGACAAUGAUAUGGCAGCUUACACUUUCCACAAAUUUAAUGCAAAGUGGAGGGACUUUGAUGGACCCAUGCCAUCAGAGGAUGACUGUCAGUAUUUGACGCUCCCAAUGCUGCAGAAAUUCUUUAACCAGGCUGCUGGUGUAGAAGGCUUCCCCACUGCCGACGAGUUUGCGGAAAAUUGUGCUGACAGCUCCAAAGGUAUGACCAAGGAGGAAUUUCUGGCUUACUUGCGGGCGGAAUCUCCAGACUACCUUGAAAAGUCUUUUCCUGGCAUCUACACCGGUAGACGACUUCGCUUCACGGAUGGCAAGUUGAUCUUUGAUGGGGAUUACCAGGAAAUCGGAGACAACCUGAUUUACGGCUUCAUUUCCUUCGACGGGAAGCCAGGUGGAACAUUUUCAAUGGAACUGACAAAAAAGAAGUGAAUUGCCAAUGCGUCGUGAAAGAGGAUGUGGAAUGACACUAUCGUUUGAUUGUGAUAUAGAAAUAAACAUUUGUGCAGUAGACAAUUUUCUUGAGCGUUCAGUGCGAAAAAAA